AUGUUUGCGCGAACAGUAGCCUCGUCCCUCCGACAAGCCGCCCGGCCCAUGGCCGUCCGCUCAACAGCCUCUGCCUUCCGCACCCCCAUCGCUCCCCUAACACCCUUCCAAACCCGUCUCCUCUCCGACCAAACCCGAUCCGCCAUCGACAAAGCCGUAUCAUCCGCCCCCGUCGUGCUCUUCAUGAAGGGAACACCCGAAACCCCCCAGUGCGGCUUUUCGCGCGCCGCCAUCCAAAUUCUCGGUCUUCAGGGUGUCAACCCCGACAAGUUCGCUGCCUUUAACGUCCUCGAGGAUCCUGAGCUGCGCGAGGGUAUCAAGGAGUACUCCGACUGGCCUACGAUUCCCCAGCUUUACGUUGAGAAGGAUUUCAUCGGUGGUACGGAUAUUCUUGUGUCUAUGCACCAGAAUGGUGACUUGGCCAAGCUUUUCGAUGAGAAGAAGGUUAUUCUUGAGGGAGAGCCUGAGCAGAAGGAAUAG